CCUGUCAGAAAAUCUCAUAUGUUGAACUACAUGUCCCAUGAACCCUUGGAGAGACAAUUUUUACAUCGCAACAGCAAUUUGACCGCAAGGGGUUUCUGGAGUCAGUUGACAUCGUCGACUCUAGUGAGGCGCGCCGCAGGCGACACGCAGACGUAAUUUUUGGGGAACUUUGGUCCUUUCCCCCACUUCGUCGAAAAGGCAUAAUAACGCGAACGCAGAGUUUAUGUUACUAACAUUCGUUGCAAAAACAUGCUGGAUCCCUGGUGGUCCGUUAGGUAAUUGAAUUGCCAGCUGGAUCAUUUUUGCAACGCUGGUUGCUGGCCAAAACUAAGUUAAUCAAUCUUUCCCGGGAUUUAAGAGCCAGCGAUAUUUCAUUGGAGCAGUUUGUAAAACGAAGUAAACUCGUCGUUGGAAUCAUUCCGAUGCCCAGCUAGCGACUACAGCUAGUCAGUCAGCCGGGGCUUGCUGCGCCCAAGCCGGGCGAAGAUUGACGCUGCACGGUGUCACCCAACUGAAGAGGAUCGAGCUUAUUAGGCGACAAUGCUUGAAAUAAUGUCCGAACACCAAGAUUCAUUACUGAAGUGCAAAGCAGAGACUCUGCCAUCAGAGAGAAGAAAGAGGACAGUGGAGGACUUCAACAAGUUUUGCAGUUUUGUUCUUGCAUAUGCUGGUUACAUCCCUUCUCCAAAGGAGGAAAGGCCAUGGUCGCCAGCAUCCUCCAGUUCUCCAAACAGCUCUGGUGCUUCAGGUGAAGGCAGCGUUUUAGGUGGAGCGAGUUCUAACAUGGCUCCCAACUGGAGUCACGGCACGUCGGACUUGCACACCAUCCACACGUUCGUUCGCAAGGCUCGUGCCAAUAAGAGCAACAAGAGCAUGCGGCGGCUGUCGUCUGACAGCGCCCUGAUGGACAAAAUGUGUUUAAAAGACCCUUUCUAUGAGGGCCAGGUCGCCAGCAAAGCUGAGCGCAAAAAGGACAAGAAGCUGAAGCGUCUUUCUCUCGGUUCCGGCGUUGGUGACAGCAGCAGCAGCGGUGGCGAGAAGCGUGCAAGGAUCAAGCGCAGUAAAAACCCCAAACAGUCCAAAGCGCUUAAGAGCUCGGCCCAAAGCGAGACAGACUCAGAGCAUGGUCUCGGGCAUGGAGAAGAGCAUUUGGACCAGGGAGCAGCGGCUGAGCGCAGACUACAGGCCCAGGUGAAAGAAGAAAAGGAGGAAGCCACCAGAGAGGCAGAUAUGAGUUCCAGUGAGGGAGAGACUUGGAUAGCUGAUGAAGACAUAAUGGUGGAGUCAGGGGAUGAUUCGUGGGAUUUGAUCACCUGUUACUGCGGUAAACCAUUUGCAGGACGGCCCAUGAUUGAAUGUAAUCAGUGCAGUGUGUGGGUGCACCUCUCUUGCGCCAAAAUUAAGAAGUCUAACGUGCCCGACAUAUUUAACUGCCACAAAUGCAGAGACUCUCGACGGUCAAGUCAGAAAAAAGACACUUAGAUGAGGGUGAUCAUUCCCUCAAAGCUCUGAGUGUUCCCAUUUCUCCAGUUUUUGUAUCCAAAAGCAUUUUUUCAGUUUCAAAAUACACGUUUUCCUCUCUUUCUAGUUACUCCUUACAUGUUUUACAGUCAGUAGUCUCCAUUACAGAGUUCACUGAGAAAUAAUGUUUGUACUGAUCUCUUACCUCCCGAGUUGGUAAUUGAUCUUGGCUCAUUUGUAACUGUUUCAGAGAUGCGUAAGCUAAUUGUCAUUUGUUUAAAAUAAGAAGCUUGCAUAUUUAGUAAGUGCCACUAUUUUUCUUUAAGAAAAGUUAGAGAACACAGCCACACUACAUUUUCACAGAUGUAUACUAUAUUGGUUACUUUGGUACUACAAGAGUCUAUUUAAAAGUAAUAAA